CAAUCCUGACAAUAACUCCCCCAAAGUAGUUUACCUAAUAGUUAUAGUUACAUUUUGGCCCAAUUUCAUGGCAUUUCUUGUUGUUAAGCAAUUUUCUUGCUAACCAUACAAUGGAAGUAAGCAUAUUUCACGGCAAACAUUUCACGAUUUCUGUGCUUAACACGAAUAUGUACUGGUGCGCUUAGAGAUUUCCAUUGUUGCAUCACUAAGUUAAGCAAGUUUUUCCUCUGAGGUUAUCAUAUUGUGCCUUUUGCCAUGCUUACUGUUUACAGUCUCCAUGAAAUAUGCGGAGCCUCUUUUGGCAUAUAAGAUCAUGUGCUUAGAUCUGCUACUCGUACCCAGCUUUCCGGUUCGUUAGUGUGACGUCACUUCAGUUCAAGCCACGCCCACUGCACAUGCACUGCACAUAGAAUUACAUGCAUUGAUCGCCAUUUACAUGGAACCAUGGAACAGGAGGUUACAUGUAACAUGCAACUUCAGCGAUCUCCAAUGGGACCCAACAAACCGUGUCAUUGGGUUUUCCAGAAGUUCAGUUAGCUCCAGUCUGGCACAUGGACAAUGGACGAAGGACACAGAGUAUCACUAGCCUUCCAUGAUUUGACUGAGAUACCACAAAAUGCAGUCUCCAAGUUUGCUACCAAAGCCGAAGUCCUGGAUCUGAGCCACAAUCAAAUCAGCGACCUGCGUUGCCUCGAGUCUUUCAGCAAGGUUCACACUCUGAUCCUAGACAACAACAAUAUUAAAUCCCAUGUGAAAUUCCCUUCGCUGCCCAGCGUCACGACACUCUGGGUCAACCGGAAUCGCAUCUCCAACUUGACUGUGUUUGUGGAGACGGUGUCCAGGGCCUUCCCAGACCUGCGUUACCUGAGUAUGAUGAACAACCCCGCUGCGCCGAGUUUCUUCAACGGUGGCAGCUAUGAGCAGUAUCUAGAUUACAGGCAUUAUGUGAUCAGUCAGCUGCCUAAGUUAACCAUGCUGGACGACAAGGAGAUUCCUCUCUCCGAGCGACAAGAAGGCGAGAAGAUAUACAAGCACCUGCUGACCAGAAAAUCGUCCAAGAGCAAACGGAGAUCUCCUAAGAAGAGUCGACAGGCAUCCAGUAGCAGCAGUCGUCGGUCUGUGAAGGGCGACGUUGACCUGCCUUCCCUCGAACAACUCAGCAGCGGCAGCCCCGCCAGGUGAUGGGCACGUAGAGCAUUCCAUCUGAAAUUCAGCAACUGUCGGCUGUGGCUCCGUCUGGAAGCACUGGCUAAAGCUAGGGUAAGCUAGCUAGUGUGUCAGUGGAAGUCAUUGGCUAGGUUCCUAUAGCCAUUCCCAUAGGCUUGUGCAUAGCUGCCAGCCACAGCCACAACUUCCAGACACAGCCUGAGCUUAGCUCAAGCUUCUCGACUAAAUCCGAUGGCUCAGCACUUUAAUGGAAGGCACAUUUCUCUCUUAAUUUCAGGGAAUGUAUGCAGAAUUAUUAAAGGCUGAGGGAAUAGCACUAACAUUUGUUCCAAACUGAUUCCAAAAAUAUUUUCUGAUCGUUAGGAACCAUUUUAUUAACUUAUAUGUAUUUCUUUUUCUUUUAACCCCUUCACUGCCGGAUUA